GACGAUUGACGACGACGUCGACUGCCGACCGGAUUCGGAUUGCCGAAGCAGCUGCCGUUACUUUCUUACCAUUAACGUCAACCUCCUGGGGCCUAUUGCGCUCAAUGUCAGAAACUACGAGCACCCAAGUGGAUAUCCUAGUCCCAGGGAAGAACUAUACCACGUCGUGUUCCCUUCAUAAUUCAGCAAUUACUAUCACAGGUACUUUCCCCCCUCUCCACUUUCUAAUCGUUCAUCUUGGUGAUGCAUGCCGGAAAGAUCUAAAAGGAACCAUUGAGAUACCUUUCCAGCAUGUCGUCGCAAGUAAUUUUCAUCGGGAUACCAAGAGCCUGGAGAUAGCCUACACCUGGAGGAAGAGGGCAAAAGGACCACUCAGUUUCACCAGUCUGAAAGCGGAAGUCGAGGGAUCCUCGCUGGAGGCAGCACAGGACUGGUCCGCGCAGCUCAUGGACAAGGCAUACGAAGGUGUUCAGCGGAACAGACGUUUGAAAGUUCUUGUGAACCCGUAUGGCGGCGUUGGCAAAGCUGUUUCAGUGUUCACAAAGACCGUGGAGCCCAUAUUGCGAGCCGCCGGUUGUACAUUGGACGUCGUCUACACAACCCAUCACGGACACGCUACCGAAAUAGCCAGCAAGUUACCUUUAGACGCGUUCGAUGCAUUGCUGACCGUGUCCGGAGAUGGACUCAUACAUGAAGUGUUGAAUGGUCUUGCUCAGCAUUCGGAACCACGAAAAGCCUUGUCAACAGCUGUCGCUCCCAUUCCUACAGGAUCUGGAAAUGCUCUAUCACUAAACCUGAUGGGCAUCAAGGAUGGAUUCGACGUCGUAGCAGCUAGCAUCAACGCCAUCAAGGGCAAACCCAUCAGUGUUGACCUCUUUUUGAUUACACAGAGUGGAAAGAGCUCGAUAUCGUUCAUGUCCCAGAGUGUUGGUUUGAUGGCGGACUUGGACGUCGGGACGGACCACUUACGAUGGCUGGGUGAAACCAGGUUCCUCUAUGGUUUUCUGCGAGGAUUGAUCAGAUUAAAGUCCUGUAAUAUUGAGCUGUCUUACAGGAUAGCUGAAGAUAAUAAGGCCAAGAUAUCUGACACCUUUCGGGGAAUGCGCAAACACCAAAAAUCCAGCCCUCCGUCUCCCCCAAUCAUCGAAGAGGAGGGUGGAUUACUGCAACCAAAGUACUCUACCACUGACACGGAAGGGUGGACUACUUUUAGUAAGCCUGCGAUAUAUGUCUACGCGGGCAAGGGACCAUAUGUUGGACGGGAUUAUAUGGCCUUCCCUGCCUCACUUCCCGACGAUGGGUUGAUCGAUAUCGUUGUGCGCGGAAGAUCCUCGCGAGGUGAAAUCUUAUUGACCCUCGACGAGGGUCGCAACGGAACUCAUUUCUGGAAUGAAAACGUGAAUUACAUCAAGGCUCAUGCAUAUAGAAUGAGGCCCUUAUCAAGCAAAGGAAGCCUUUCAAUUGACGGUGAGGCUUUCCCGUUCGAAGAGUUCCAGGUAGAAGUUCUUCCACGAUAUGGCUCUUUACUUAGCCUCCAUGAUACCUACGCGUUAGAUUCUGAUUUUACACUAUGA